UUUGUUGUUUGUUUGUGUGUCUUAAGAUACCGUCCCUGCAACAUUUUAUGUUUAUUAGAAUGAACCUGUGUGUAAGAAAUGUUAGGUCACUGAUUUGGUCAUUAAUAGAUGCUGGGAAAAUCUGUGCGCUUCACUCCAACCAGAGUCUUUCAGGUGCAGAGUUGUGUGGGACAGGGCUAUAAGGCUUGACUGUUCCCUUACAAACUAAAACAGUUUUCCAGAAGUAUUACACAAUUUAGUAUAAAUGGCUAGUGACCCCAGUCUUUAGUGCUUGUAUUACAUAAGUGCCAGAAACUGCAAAUAUGAGAGGCCUAAAUCUGAGUCUGAUUAAUGCAAGCAUUUAUGUGCGUUAAGAUACGAGAUUGCUAACUGGAUAUUCUGAAUUACCAACGACAUUUGAUGUAGAGCAGAGAAUAACAGAAAUUAAUUUAAGGCUUAAGCCUGAAUGAGGUGUUUAGUGUUUUAAGAGUGCAUCUCAGACAGAAAACAAAACAAACCAAAACCAAACCAAAACAAAUCAUUGUAUUUCAGGGACUCUGCAGGUGGAAGUGUGCUAACCUCCUUGGUAGUAGGUAGGUCAAUUUAACUAGUUAUUCAAACAUGCUCCACAAGUCCAACUAUUCUACUUCCAGUGGUUAUACAAAAUCAGGCACACACUUUGCAGCUGUUGAUAAGUUCAAGAUACACUCAUAUGAAGUAUGUAUUUCUGCAGUUUCAGAUAAUUUAUUUUUCUCUUAUAAAAAUUAUGAUGUAGCAAAAAGUGCUGUUUACUUGGGGAAAUUACCAUAUGACAUAUUUCAGAAUAAGCUAUCUGCUCCUCUACAUAACACCAAAUUACAAUCAGUAAAAUUAAUUUGACGAGCAUAAUUGAAAAAAUAUUUUUCCUCUUGUUAAGCAGAUCAGUUUGCCUUCAGGCUAGAAAUGUGUGCAUCAAACUUCAGACUGGUCUUUUAAAGCAAAGGAACAUUAAAGCCCUUCAAACCAAGAUUUCAAGGGGAAAAUAUAACCUAUCUGUAAUUACAGUUGCAUCCCCACACUAGUGGAAUUCCACUAACGUAGUAUUGCAUAAAGCCUUGCUUGCCCCUCCUACAUGCACUAAAUAUAAAUGUGCAUGAGCAGCAAUAGCAAUUUGCCUAAUGGCUGAAUCAGCUAAACAGCAUUUGCAGUAAAAUUGUGUAUCUAAUUGUGUACACUAACUUCUUUGGUAAAGCCAUGGGUCUAACCUGAUAAAUAAAUAGAAACAUAAUUACAAUUUCUCAUUAACUUUAGAUGUUGUAUUGUUGAGAGGUUAAUGAUUUCAUUUGUUAUACUGUCAAUAUGAGUUUGUCUGGAAAGCUAACAUCAUUUCAGUGAAGCAUUUCUGUAGAGUUCUACUCUUUUGAGUUACUAACUAGUUUACAUCUACACAAAUCCUGGAAAACUAAGUUAAUUCUUCUGAAUUGUAUUGUAUUAACAUGGGGUUAUUGUCUCUUGGAAAACUUUUUUCCUUCAGCUUGUCAGCUAGAGAACAGAAAAUGUUCGAAGUCUUCAGUGAUUGCAAGGAUGUAGUGAAGUUGGUCAGUUUAGUGUCUUUCUGGUUGUUCUUCACUGCUAGCAUGCUUGCUCACUUUCCCCCUUCUUGUAUGGGAACAGUGCCAAAAAUAAAUGUGAGGAAUCUGUCUAAAUAACUUGUCUCCUUCCAAAUCGACAGCAUACUUUUCAGUUUACUUUUUCUAUAAAGCCUGUUAGGACUUUUAGUUACAAACAUGUCUAUAAUAAUAAGAUAUCAGGGAAUAAAUUCAAGUGCUGCUCUAUUUCAAAAGGAUGUGGAGGGUGCUGUAAGCAUUGAAAUUCUGAACACCUUUAGCAAAGGGGUCGUAUUUUGGGUAUUUGUUGUAAUUGUGGCAAAGCUUUUUCUUCCAGUAAUGUGCAAAAUGAUUAUUAUACUAUUUAAAAAAUCUUAUGUAGUUUACAAAUGUUUCAUUUCAAAGACUAAUUAAGUUUUAUAUUAAAUAUUGUCCAUAUUGGUAAUGCAGAUUAUAAGCUCAUGCGGGAGCAUCUGUUUCUGUUUUUGUCUAGAUGGAGAUUAUCCCUUAAUCAUGCAGGGUCCAGGUGUGCAUUUUGGGAUUUGUUGACUCAGGAAAGCUGCAGAUAGCAUUAAAGGCCAGUGACAAUUACACUGUAGCUGCAUUUAGGUUGUUGUGCCUCUGGGCAAGAACUCUUGCUUGAACCGCACAGUGAAAAGGAUGGCAAAAAGAAAUGUCCUCAUUACAGGUUGCUCCUCAGGAAUUGGACUGGCCUUAGCUGUAAAAAUGGCAAAAGAUGAACAGAAAAGAUUUAAAGUGUACGCCACAAUGCGCAAUCUGGCCAAGAAGGAGGCACUUGAGGAGGCUGCAGGUCGCAGGCUGGGCAAAACCCUGGAAAUUAAACAACUGGAUGUCUGUGAUGAACAGUCCAUUAAAACUUGUGUGAAUAGUAUCCCUGACAGAAGGAUCGAUGUCUUAGUUAGCAAUGCUGGAAUGGGGCUUAUUGGACCAAUUGAAUGUCAGACCAUUGAUGAAAUGAAAACGGUGAUGGAUACCAACUUCUUUGGACUGGUUCGACUCCUGAAGGAGAUUUUGCCUGACAUGAAGAGGAGAAAGAGCGGGCAUAUAGUUAUAAUAAGCAGUGUUAUGGGAAUACAAGGUAUCUUAUUUAAUGAUGUUUAUGCUGCAUCAAAGUUUGCGGUGGAAGGAUUUUGCGAAAGUUUAGCUAUACAAGCACUGAAGUUCAAACUGCAGUUAAGUCUGAUUGAACCAGGCCCAGUGAUUACAGAGUUUGAAAGAAAAGUGUUUGAAGAUGGAAUGAAAAUGGAUCUUUCAGCUGCAGAUGAGGAAACAGCUGAGAUGUUUACUAAUAUUUACCUUAAAAAUUACAAACAAAUUUUCCAGAGCCUGGGACAAAGUGCUGAGGAUGUUGCAGAGCACACAGUAAAGAUAAUUCUUGCAGAAAACCCACCUUUUCGCCAUCAGACCAACACCUUGUACACGCCGAUGACAACUCUCAAAUACGCAGAUCCAAAUGGAGAUCUACCCAUUGAUAUAUUCUACAAAAUGGUUUUUCAUCAUGACAAAAUCUUCAGUGCAAGUCUUAACUUUAUCAAAUUGCUAAGGUGGAGAAGCAGAAAGAGCUUUGACCUAGGAAAACCCUCACAAUAAGCACGAGAUUGUGUAAACUGGAACAUUGGUUGCAGUUACUAUUUUGUUAAAUGGCUUAUGAUUUGAUGUAAGCUCCAAGAUAUUGACCUCAAUGCAUGUAUCUUCAACUUUAGUUUGCCAGACCUUAAAAUUAAAAUCCUCUUAACUCUA